UUUAGGUCCCGCCGCCACCCGAGCUGGCAUCGCCCCCUCCCCGCUUGCCCAAGGUGUGGGGAGAGGGCCCCCGCCAGGGCGCGCAGGCGCAGACGUCAACCGUGCUUGGCCGAUACUUGGCAAGGCGCCCGUCACGUGAGCAGCGCGCCCGCUCUGCUCCCUCUCCUCCCGGCUGGGCUGUGAAUGAAGCUCAGCCGGCUACGUGGGGCGCUAACUCAACUUGGUGUUCUGGGCGCCAGAGCCAACUGAGCGCUCGGCCCGCCAGCCGCGGACACGGGCUCCACCGCUCCAGAUCUCGGCGACAGAGCAAAUCAGUUUCCUGGACUGCCAAGUGAAGCUGUACCUGUGCGCCUGAUAACGUCAGUGUAAGCUACCUCGACUAAGUGAAGGAAAUCCAGAAGUGUGGAGCCUAAAAGCCAGGUUGGGGCUUGAACAUCUGUCAUAAAGUAAGACCACACUGCUGCUGUUCCAUCUAUAUCCUGUUAAAGCCUCCCUACAAAACUGGGGUGCUCUGGGAAACUGAGGCUGUGACCCCAACGUGGGAGUGGAUAGGAUCAACAUGGCCAUGUGGCAGGAGAAAGAGCACACCAAACGUCCCUGUUGGGUGCAGCCAACAGUCCUUUCUGCUGGACUCAAGCUUGGCAGGCUGGUGUCGCCAGUAUUUGGAGGACCCGGAGCCAUGGAUAGUAGAGGCUUUCAGCAGGGGUGUUUCAAUAGCUUCCAGAGCAGCUCCAGUGAUGAAGACUUGGUGGACAUACCAGGGACAGCUAUGAAUUUCUCCCUGAGAGAUGAUGUUCCUCCCUUAGAUGGAGAAAUAGAAGAGGACAAGUCAUACAAUGGUGGAGGAAUAGGUUUUUCAACUAGGAUGAUGGAUUUCUUGGAGGAGCCAAUCCCUGGUGUGGGGACCUAUGAUGAUUUCAAUACAAUUGAUUGGGUGAGAGAGAAGUCUCGAGACCGGGAUAGGCAUCGAGAGAUUACCAAUAAAAGCAAAGAAUCAACAUGGGCCUUAAUUCACAGUGUGAGUGAUGCUUUUUCUGGCUGGUUGUUGAUGCUACUUAUUGGGCUUUUAUCAGGUUCCCUAGCUGGCUUGAUAGACAUCUCUGCUCAUUGGAUGACAGACUUAAAAGAAGGUAUAUGCACAGAAGGAUUGUGGUUUAACCAUGAACACUGUUGCUGGGACUCUGAUCAGGUCACUUUUGAAAACAAAGACAAAUGCCCCAAGUGGAAUAGCUGGUCUCAGCUUCUCAUCAGCACAGAAGAGGGAGCCUUUGCCUACAUAGUCAAUUAUUUCAUGUACGUCCUCUGGGCUCUACUGUUUGCCUUCCUUGCCGUAUCUCUUGUCAAGGUGUUUGCACCUUAUGCCUGUGGCUCCGGAAUCCCUGAGAUAAAAACUAUCUUGAGUGGUUUUAUUAUUAGGGGCUACUUGGGUAAGUGGACCCUAAUUAUCAAAACCAUCACGUUGGUGCUGGCAGUGUCUUCUGGCUUGAGCCUGGGCAAAGAGGGCCCUCUAGUGCACGUGGCUUGCUGUUGUGGGAACAUCCUGUGCCACUGCUUCAACAAAUACAGGAAGAAUGAAGCCAAACGCAGAGAGGUCUUGUCGGCUGCAGCAGCAGCUGGUGUAUCUGUCGCCUUUGGGGCGCCUAUUGGCGGAGUAUUAUUCAGCCUUGAAGAGGUCAGCUACUAUUUCCCCCUCAAAACACUGUGGCGUUCGUUCUUUGCUGCCUUGGUGGCAGCAUUUACCCUACGCUCCAUCAAUCCAUUUGGGAACAGCCGUCUGGUUCUAUUUUACGUGGAGUUUCACACCCCGUGGCAUCUCUUUGAGCUUGUGCCAUUCAUUCUGCUGGGCAUAUUUGGUGGUCUGUGGGGAGCUUUAUUUAUCCGCACAAACAUUGCCUGGUGUCGGAAGCGUAAGACCACCCAAUUGGGCAAGUAUCCUGUCAUAGAGGUACUUGUUGUGACAGCCAUCACUGCCAUCCUGGCUUUCCCCAAUGAAUACACCCGAAUGAGCACAAGUGAGCUCAUUUCUGAACUAUUUAAUGACUGUGGCCUUCUGGACUCCUCUAAGCUCUGUGAUUAUGAGAACCAUUUCAACUCAAGCAAGGGUGGUGACCUGCCUGACAGACCUGCUGGUGCGGGAGUCUACAGUGCCAUGUGGCAGCUGGCCUUGACACUCAUAAUGAAAAUUGUCAUUACUAUAUUCACCUUUGGCAUGAAGAUCCCUUCUGGUCUCUUUAUCCCUAGCAUGGCUGUUGGUGCUAUAGCAGGUCGACUUUUAGGAGUAGGAAUGGAACAAAUGGCUUAUUACCACCAUGACUGGGCCAUCUUCAAUAGCUGGUGUAGCCAAGGAGCUGAUUGUAUCACUCCUGGCCUUUAUGCGAUGGUUGGGGCUGCAGCCUGCUUAGGUGGAGUGACUCGGAUGACUGUUUCUCUGGUUGUCAUAAUGUUUGAACUAACUGGUGGCUUGGAGUACAUUGUGCCUCUGAUGGCUGCAGCAAUGACAAGCAAAUGGGUGGCAGAUGCUCUUGGGCGGGAAGGCAUCUAUGAUGCCCACAUCCGUCUCAAUGGAUACCCCUUUCUUGAAGCUAAAGAAGAGUUUGCUCAUAAGACCCUGGCAAUGGAUGUGAUGAAACCCCGGAGAAAUGAUCCUUUGUUGACUGUCCUUACUCAGGACAGUAUGACUGUGGAAGAUGUAGAGACCGUAAUCAGUGAAACCACUUACAGUGGCUUCCCAGUAGUGGUGUCCCGCGAGUCCCAAAGGCUUGUGGGUUUUGUCCUCCGAAGAGAUCUCAUUAUUUCAAUUGAAAAUGCUCGUAAAAAACAGGAUGGAGUUGUGAGCACGUCCAUCAUUUAUUUCACCGAGCAUUCUCCUCCAAUGCCACCAUACACUCCACCCACUCUAAAGCUUCGGAACAUCCUGGAUCUCAGCCCCUUCACUGUGACUGACCUUACCCCCAUGGAGAUCGUUGUGGAUAUCUUCCGCAAGCUGGGACUGCGGCAGUGCCUGGUUACACACAAUGGGCGACUGCUUGGAAUCAUUACCAAGAAGGAUGUGUUAAAGCAUAUAGCACAGAUGGCGAACCAAGAUCCUGAUUCCAUUCUCUUCAACUAGAAUCCCAGGAUUGUGCUGGAUACAAAACAGGAAGGACAUUGCAGACCGUGGAUAUAUUUUAUUAACUGGGUACCCAAAACACAUUUCCCAUAUCUGGAUGGUGAAGUUAUAUUAGUGUGUUGUCUCUUUCCUACAAGUUAACCAGUUGCACUACAUAAUAAUUUCUGGAAGUUAAUCUCUUUAGGAGAAAAUGCAGUUAGACUUCUGUGAUGUUGCAUUACAAAGAUUUCAUGAAAGAGUAAAUAAGAUUGCUAUGGUUUAAUUCUUUUUCUUUUUUUAAAAGAUUUUUUAAAAAUUUAAAACGAUUAUUAGCCAAUAUGCAAUCACUGAAAACUAUGCAAGAAAAAUGUUGACCGUCCUAACUGAUAGCCUGCAGGAAACUCAUGAAAAAGUCACUUUUUUGGGACUCUAACUAUCAUUGGUGGAAGAUGAAGUGUAAACUAAGGGGCUUUGCUUUUCCAACCACAGAAAAGAAAGCCAGAAGGAAAAUAGUAAUGGCAUUUUCCAGACUGUGAAAAUUCAGUUCAAAUGUUAUCUUGCUCCUGUUACAAUAUUUAGCAUUAUUAGUUUGUGUGUGUAUGUGUAUGUUAAUUUUAAUAUCUGAUUAUAAGACAAUGCUGCUUUGGUUAAUCUCUAAAUGAAUUUAGAGAGGUUGAUUUUAUGCCUUGCUUGUUCCUGGUACUCUUUUGAAGUGCACAAAGAUAAGUUGUAGAGCUUUCUCCUUGUCUGCUCUAAGAAAGGUAAUUUUCCAGAUGGUAUUUGUUUGCUAGUAGACAAGGACUUUGCCAUGCAUUUAUUAGUAGCAAGGAAUGAUUUCUCCAGAUGAAUGAUUAGUGAAGUUCUAUGUAAAGUCAAUGACUAGGAACUUUAAAUUUUGUGAGGUUCCAACUCAUUCUCUUACCCAGAUGCCACCUCCAUGAGUGAUGGUGCUUUAGGCUUCUGGAAUAUGUAAGAAUAUUCUGCAUACUGGUAAACUAGGGAAGAUUCAGAGCUGUAUCUGCAUUCUCAUGCAUUCCUUCAUAAAAACCACCAGUACUAAAAUAACUGGACACCCAUGCCUCCUCCUAGUGUGAAGUAUGUAGAACAGGCCAGUAUUGUUCCUAUGAACAUGAAUUUAGGCUCUGGGUACUUUCAAAUAUAUUCAAGGCAUUGAAACAGAAUAGGCAGUUGUGACUCCCUUGCAGCUCCUUAGAAUUCUGAAUGAAAUGCAGAACCAUCCUAAGACCCAAGAGUGUGGAUAAGGCCUGGUAACACCAAAGGUGCUUGCAUCCAAUUGAAAAGGUGCCUGUCUGAAUUUCCUACCACCUUAACUGCAGUAGAAAACAUCACAGUCUAGGGACACCUGGUGGAAUUACAGAGCCACCACCAUCAUUCCGAUCACUGUUUCAUUUUCUACAGUUUUACCCACGUGUAGUUGUUCCCCCUCAAUUCUUUGCCCCUUCCCACUCCUCAGUCCUGAGUUAAUCAUUCCUAUUACAAAAAAUAAUUCCCAGGGCUAGUUAAAUUAUAAACCAAGCCUCAGUAAUCUUUUGGCACGUGGACCAGAGGUAACACACAGCCAUUGGCUCUGUUCUAUAACCCAGUCACUGCUACCAUGCCUCAAUUUCCACACCAAUGCCCACAGCAGUGCGACUUAACUGCCAGGGGUGAAAGUUCAGCCUUUCCCAUUUUACAAGUCUGUUCCCAGCGCUUCUCUCCAUCCUUCUAGCCUGGAAUCAGCAGUCACUCAGCAUGUCCUUCCCAGCCCUCCACCUCCCUUCCCCAAACACUUCAUACCUCAUUUUAAAGCUGCUGAUCCCAGAGUCUAAGCUUUUUUUUAACCCUUAGUUCUUAUCUUUCCCAAAUAUGAAAUUAUGUUAUUAUCUAGAACUAGGUAGUCAAGGCUUAUUUUUACUUUUAUCUUUAAAAUAUCAAAGCAGUCCAGAGUUUCUUAUUUUAAGUAUAUCGCUCUAGCAUUUUAAUGAAAACGAAAAAACUCUAGGAUAUAUUUUAUGAUAGUCAUAACUCAGCAACUUUACAUCUUUUGUCCCUUCCAUAUUACUGAUUCACUUGCAUGAGAUGUGGCUAUUUUGCCUGACUACCCCUGUACAUUGUGUAGAAAUCAAAGUUCCUAUCUGUAAAUUUAUGGAUCAUUACCUAUCUUAUUAGCUACCCAACUAAAGUUUGCAAAACAGGAAAUGUUCGUUUUUCUGGUAUUUGGUGACAAUGAAAGAUUUGGUUGUAUUUCGUAGUGCAGCAGCGAUAUGGAGGGAUUUCUAAGUUUGCCUUUGUGUUUCUUCUAGGCUCCGUUUAUAAUUUUAGACAGAUGAGCCAGUGUUAAGGUGCUACUUCAGAGACUAAAUUCAAGAAAUCAGAUAACACUGUGCCAAGGUAAACUUUCUAGAUGCUAAGAACCGAUUGGCCCUCCAGAGAAUAAUAUCCCUUUGAUACCUCACUCCUGAUAAGUUUCAUCCAUUAACCUCAGCUUCUCAGGAAUCCAUGUAACUCAUAUGCUAGAAGUAGCUAUAGUGUAUGGUAUGCAUUAUAUGUCAAAUCCUAUGGUUUGGCUCAAAGGUUGGCUAAUUGCAGCUAGAGCUCCCUGCUAGACUGCUAACUCAGCACUUCACCACUCAAGAGUUUCUUGUCUUGAGGCAAAGGAAAAUGUUCUUUCUGACAUUGCUAAUUCAGCAGUUGCACACACUUAGCCAGCAAACAAAGCUGAAUUAGGGAGGUCUGUCAGAUGUCCACAGGCCUCAAUGGCAAAAGACAAGAUAAUCUGUGAUUUAAAAAUGAAUAUGAAUUUAAACUAGUCUAGUUUGGUAUUAACAAAAGGAGAUUGCCCGACACAAGGGAAGGAUUUACAAAAAAAUGCCAAUAAGCACUUCAGGAUUUUCUGAGGAAUAAUAUCCAGUCAUGAAAGGAAUGAAAAUCUAUAGAUUUGUAAAAGUCUGCUAUAUUUUGUAUCUUCAGAUCUUUAAUGUAAAAAAUUAAUGAACCUCAAGCACUUAGUGGAUGAUUAGUUAUACCAUUAGAGGGAAGAAUUAGGGGACUGAAAAUGCAAAAUAAUGGCCAUUCUCAAGAUCAUUUGUAUUUAGAAGUUUGUUCAGAUACUUUGCUCUUUUCUGGCUCUGGCCUCCUUCUGGCUCAGCCCAGCUGUGGAGCAGAGGUGGUAUAGUCCAUAGAACAGAUAUCCUCUGGUGUAUAAUCUGACACUGACAAUACUUUGGAUUUGCCAGCUGGCAGAAUAAAUUAUUAAUUUGCUGAUUUAACUACAAAGCACUUCAAUUGUUUUUGGUACCAAGGGCUGAAUCCGAAUGCUUUACAGAAAGAACAGAGCACAGUAUAAAUUUCUCUAGCCAGCCUUCAAUUGUGUUUAAACAUGAGGAUGAUAAAGUAAUGGAGACUUAGUAUGGUCUAAGGCUGCGAAAUAAUUCUCAAUCAUGUUAUGAACCUGUUCAGGUGUGGGGGAAGCAAAUAUGUUUUUAAAAACUUAGCAUAUAAUAGAGUCCAUCAUGGGACAUAAUUGUUGCUCUAUGUUUUAAGUAUUUAAAUCACCUAUCCCAUUUGAGUCUUGAUCUUGGUUUGUUUUGUUUGGUGAUAAGAAGGAAAGUGUACUUGUUACCCUGCAGUAUCUUUUUAAAAUCAUAAGGAGUGCAAUUUUUGAAGCUGAGUUUUUAAUGAUUGUGAAGACAAUAUAGAGAAUUUGAAACAA